UUCCGCGGUUAGCCGCCGCCGCCGCCGCCUCGGCUAUGAUUGACAGAGUCAGCAGAGGUUCACACGGUCGGCCAUGUCCGCUGCCCCGCUCGGUUGUUACGGUCACAGAACGAGCUGCGGCAUGGAGGACGAGCGGGCCGGAGCCACGAGGAGCGCGCGCUGCUGCGGGCUGCUGCGGCUGCUGCUGCUCGCGCUCAUGCACGCGACGCGGGCCGAGAAACAAGCAUUCAUCCAGUCAGACACAAUUCUAGAAGUUUUACAUUUUGGUGAGGGAAGCCUCUUACAGGCGGAGUCUGACAUUGAUUUUAGUUUAUAUCAUCAACAAAGCGCGGCGCCGCACCGAGGGAACUGCCGCCCGAUACGAUUCGAACCGCCCAUGUUGGACUUCCACGAACAGCCCGUUGGAAUGCCCAAGAUGGAGAAAGUUUAUUUACAUAAUCCUAGCACAGACGAAAUUAGUUUGAUAUCAAUAUCAGCAACAACAGCUCAUUUUCACGCGUCCUUUUUCCAGAAUAGGAUAAUUCCUCCAGGAGGAAACACAUCAUUCGAUGUCGUGUUUCUCGCUCGAGUAGUUGGGAAUGUAGAAAACACUUUAUUUAUUAAUACAUCACAUCAUGGAGUGUUUACAUACCAGGUCUUUGGGGUCGGCAUCCCGAACCCCUACAGACUGAGGCCCUUCAUUGGGGCUCGAGUCCCCGUAAACAGCAGCUUCUCCCCGCUCAUAAACAUCCACAACCCGUUCAGUGAACCGCUGCAGGUUGUUGAGAUGUACUCCAGUGGUGGAGAUCUUCAUCUAGAGCUUCCCACAGGUCAACAGGGAGGAACUGGAAAAUUAUGGGAGAUUCCUCCCUUUGAGACGAAGGGCGUGAUGAGAGCCAGCUUCUCCUCCAGAGACGUCGACAACCACACAGCUUUCAUCAGGAUCAAAACCAACGCUCCCAACGAGGACCAGUUCAUCAUCCUCCCAGUGGAGGUGGAGGUCACAUCAGCUCCUGGUAUUUACUCGUCCACAGAGAUGCUGGACUUUGGGACUCUGCGGUCACAAGAUCGUCCCAAACUGCUCAAUCUACACCUUUUAAACUCAGGAACAAAAGACGUUCCUAUAACAAGUGUACGAACGACUCCAUCGAAUGAAGCCGUCACCGUAGAUUUUAAAGCCGUCACGCUUAAAGCUGGAGAGAGCAGAUACACCAAAGUAGCAAGUAUUAGUUUUGAUGCCUCGAAGGCAAGAAGACCAUAUCAGUUCUCUGGUAAGAUAACGGUCAAAGCGAAAGAAAAGAGUUACUCCAAACUCGAAAUCCCUUACCAGGCAGAAGUUCUAGACGGCUACCUGGGCUUUGACCACACGGCCACUCUGUUCCACAUCAGGGACAGCCCCGUCGACCCCGUGGACAGACCCAUCUUCCUCACCAAUGCCUUCAGCUUCGCCAUCCGGAUACACAACGUGUCUCUGCCCGAAGAGGCCAAAACCAUGUUUAAUGUGCAGAACUUCAGCGCCCCCAUCCUCAUCCCCCCCCACGAGUCCCGCUACAUCUUCUCACUGCUCUUCAGGCCGGUCCGACCCUCCAUCCACAUCGACAGCAACAUCCUGCUCAUCACCAACGCAUCCAAGUUCCACUUGCCGGUCCGAGCCUACACCGGCUUCUUAGAGCCUCUGGUUCUGCCUCCCAGUCUGAAGGAGAACAUCCUGGACUUUGGAGUUCGCAGUGCGACAGACACCAGCAGCAUCACCUUCGUGGUGGUCAACAGUAAUCCCAUAGAGCUGGAGAUCAAGUCCUGGCUGGUGACGGGAGACAGUUUGUCAUUGGAGCUGCUGAAGACAGAGAAAGGAAACUCCUCCGUGGCUCUGAGUCGCCUACGAGAGCUGCAGAACACCUCGGCCUCCCAUCACAAGACGGUGAUCUUAGCAUCAGGCUAUUACGCAGCGUUCAGAGUGACUCUGGUGGCCAAAGCGCUGGAGGGAACGUAUGACGGAGCCGUUCACAUCACCACAGACUAUGAGAUAUUAACCAUCCCAGUGAGAGCUCUCAUCGCUGUGGGAACAUUAAACAGCUCUCCAAAGCACAUCGUUCUACCAUCUUCAUUUCCUGGUAAAGUCGUCCAUCAGAGCUUCAGUAUUCAGAGCUCCUUCACUCAGAAGGUUCGUCUGCAGCAGAUCCGUUCGCUGACAGAAGAUAUACGUUUCUAUUAUAAACGGCUCCGAAACAACAAAGACGAGCUGGAGCCCAGACGGAAAUCUAAGGUGGCAAAUAUUUAUUUUGACGCCAGCUUGCAGUGUGGUGAUCACUGUUAUGUGGGGCUGCCGUUUGUGCUUAAAUCGGAGUCUAAGCCUCACGGGCUGGCGUUGCACGAGGACAUCUGGGAUGCUGAUGUGGAUCUCCACCAGAAACUCCUCCGGAGAUGGAAAGAGCUCAAAGAGCGCUCGGGCCACCACAUUGAAGCCGUCUUUGAAGUCAACACGGACCUCCAGAAGAACGUUCAAGCUAAAAUAACAGCUCACUUGACGUGGCCUUCGCUGGUCAACUCCUCUCAGAGAAUCCUGUUUCCUCUGACCAACACGAACGGCUCCUCCGAGGAGGAGGUGAUUCUGCAGAACCCGGCCGACGUCCUGGUCUAUGUGCAGGUCCUCCCUUUGGCCCUGUUACCAAACCCCUCUGUGUUCUCUGGAAAGCUGGCUGACAGACUGCCGUUAGGAAAUCUGUCCAACAUCAACAUCGACACGAGCACCUUGGAGUUCCAGGUCCACAGGAACCACACGUCGGUAAUGAAGAGCAGUACGGGCUUCAUCGAGGGAUCAACACGACCUUUUGUGUACAACCUCCUCCUGCUGCCCGGAGAGGUCAGGUCCUUCAGCGUGAGGUUCACUCCCUCCAGCAACCACAGCGUCUCCUCCCUCCUCAUCGUCAGAAAUAACUUGACGGUGAUCGAGACGAUCGUUCUUCACGGUCGAGGAACGACGGAGAGCCUGAAGGUUGCCGGGAAGCCUCCGGGCCAAGGCAGCUCUCUGAGGUUCAAGAUGACGGAGGCUCUGCUGAAGGACUGCACCGAGAAGGUUAAAGUCCGGGAGCCAAACUUCACCCUGAGGAGGACGUUCAGGGUGGAGAACACGGGUCUGCUCCCCAUCACCAUCAGGUCAGCAGAGAUCAACGGUCAGGCCUGUGAAGGAUACGGAUUCAAAGUCCUCAACUGUCAAGAGUUUGCACUGAAGCCCAAUGCUUCUAAAGACCUCAUCAUACUGUUUACGCCCGACUUCACCUCAUCUCGAGUGAUCCGGGAGCUGAAGUUGGUGACAUGUGGAGGCUCAGAGUUCGUGUUUGUCCUGAACGCCUCCCUGCCCUACCACAUGCUGGCUGCCUGUGCAGAGACUCUGCCCCGACCGAGCUGGGAGCUGGAGCUCUACAUCAUCGUGUCUCUCAUCAUGUGCUCCAUGUUCCUGCUGGUGAUCGCCACAGCAUACCUGGAGGCUCAGAGCAUCUGGGAACCUUUCAAGAGACGCGUGUCGGUGGAGUCCAACUCCAACAUGGAGACCGGGAGACCGUUUAAUCUCAGGGAAAUAGUGCAGAUUCACAGUGAUUCAAAGUUGAAUGAUUACGGCGACCCUCCUCAGAACUCCAGAGGAGCGUACGCGUCCAGUAACGGAGCGGCUCGAGUUGGAGGUCGGCAGGGAAACGGACGCACCUUCUCCGACUCCGACGUCCAGGACAAGAGGUCCAGGAUUCCCUUCAGCCGCCCAGCUAUGCAAACCGCCUCCUCUCAGCUGAGCAGAGGAGGUACGACAGCGGGACAAGAAGCUCCUCCUCCCCCCGCCGCCUGCCAGCUGACCAACCGGAAGGCUCGGAGUACCAAACAGCUGGAGCUCCAGGGUCAAAGUUUAUCCGGGCUCUCGCUGCCCCACAGAGGCCUCAGCACCGAUGAGGCAGAAUACGCCAACCUGGUCGGAGCCAUGGACAACGACCUGGACCGCCCAGACCCUCUGAGCAGUGAGCCGGUCCAGGAGCAGAGUGCUCAGUCCAUACAGAACAAAGUGUUGGAAUCCAAAGGGAAGCUGAGAGGCAAAACAAAAGCCCAGAGGAAGAAAGAAGAGAAAGAGAAGAAACCAACGGUGAAGACUCAGGGAGACGAGCUGAAAGACAACAUGGCCGACAACGACGACAGCUCCUCCACGACCACGGAGACGUCCAACCCAGACGUGGAGACCAACAUCAAAGAGGAACCAGUGAAAAAGAAAGGAAGGACAGUAACCACAGCAAAAGUAAAAGAAGAAACUUCAAAUUUCCUCAUCAAGCCCAAAAUCAAGAAACAAGUAACCAUAAAAAAAGAGAACCCAGCAGAGAAAUCCAGUUCUCUGGAGCUUCCAUAUGUUACGCCGCUGGAGAACAAACAACGUAAGAGCUUCACGUCCAAAACUCUGCAUCCUCUGAGCAGCAUCCCCAAGCCCCGCCCACUGCAGAAACCCAGAUUUGAAGGGAAGCUGGAGGAAGGACGUCCGUCUCGGUUGGCCAAACUGUUGUCCAGCGGUCCGGUGACGGAGCUCGGACACAGCAGCAGCUCUGACGGAGAGAAGGACUUCCCCACUCCGGAGUGGGACGUCCCACUUUCCAAGAACUGUGUCCAAGCAGACAGCCUCCAGCAGAUCUCCCUCCAGACCAUCAACGCCGACCCGUUCCUGAAGAGGUCCUCCACAGCCGAGACCUGCUCCCCUCCCCCGACCUCCCCCAUCUCCCUGUCCAGAGGCUCCUACAGCAGCGUGCUCAACAGCAACAGUGAGGGAAACCAGAAGAAGGCUCCGGGGAACAAACUGUCUGCAGCGACUCCUCUACCGGGAAAAAACGGGAACCCCACCUUCGCUGCUGUAGCUGCUGGUUAUGAUAAAAGCCCAGGUGGAUCCGGUCCGGGGAAAACCGACCAAAAUCUGCCUCACAUGACCUCAGUGGAGAGCGACAGCUCGGACAGCUCUGGAUUGUGGAGCCCCAUCGACUCGGCCAGCAGUCCAAACUAUCACUCUGCCAACUCCUUCUCUGCUUUUGGACCCAACAGUUCCUUCAACCUGACCAAAGUUUUCAGUGGGAUGAACGUCCCAAAGUCCUCGGAGCCUCAGCAGAGCUGGCCUGAGUUUAGCUCCGCCUCCUCCAUCUGGGACACCCCGAGCAGCGACUCCCUUCACUCCUGGCCGAGCAGCUCCAGCUCCCCGACGGCCCCGACCGCGUCUCUCCUCGGUAACGGUCGUAACCCCUGGUCGGCCACGACGCCCUUCGGCAGCUCCAUCUGGUCAACAAGUGCAGAUUCAGCCUUGCACCCGUUUCCUCCGACCACCAACUCCUCCACGCUGGCCGAUCUGGUCAUCGCUCCGGCCCCGUCGCCGCCGGCCCCCACCGAGAUGAGUCGGACCUACAACCCCUGGAACAUGUGGCGGCCGACCCUGAGCAGGCGCAGCUCUGAGCCGUGGCCCAGCUCCUCCGACAACGGCAGUUAAACUGCACAUCACUGCACUUUACGGACGCACGUCAUGGAUUUGAAGUGCUCUGUACGCUAAAUCUAAAUCUUUAAUAAUCAGAGAAUCCCAACAGAAGCAAUGUUACCUGAAGUGUAAAGGGUUCGGUGGCUCAGUGCUGCAGGUCACCGACCCGGCCGUCUAGUUCUCUGCAGCUUUUUAUUCAUGGGGCAGAAGUGCUAACUUUUUAUUUGGAUUUGUUUUAACAGGUGCCCCUAAAUUAAGAUGCUGGUAGCAUGGUAAUGCUGAUGCCAGCGCGGACAUUUAGCUGUUAAGGUCAGGCUGGUGACGCUGCACUCUCUCAGACGUUUGGUUCAUGGCACAGAGUCUCUGAUGUUCAGUAUUAAUGUUGGAUCAGACAUCUGAUUUCACGCCAUGUGUCUUGUUUAAACCAUCAUUUUGGUUUCUUAUUGGUUUCUUAUGAAAGUUGGUUUGAAAAGUCAAAGAAUUUGAAUCCUUGUACUUUUAUUUGGCAUCUGAAAAGUGAUUCCUCAGAACACCAACGGCCCGACGGCUUCAUGAACGUUUAGUUCCCAUUUUAAAACAAAACCAAGCCCUCUGUGAGAAUAAAUUGGUGAUCAAACACUUGAGUUUGAGGUUUGUACUGUACAUCGCCUCUAUUUGUCAGCAAAUUUAAAUAAAGGUUUUCAG